CCACAAUACCUGUCCACAAACACACAAAGGUCGAGAUCACGACUGACGACAAGAUGUCUUUAGGAAACGUAACUCAAGCGAUGGCUUACCUGGUUCACCGACAAGCCAGGUGUGACCAGCUGGACACUUACAUCACAAAGGUGGAGACGUUACAAGUGGACAUGCUGAAAGGCAUCGAGAACAUGAGGAACACGACUACAGACGCUCGAGUCCAGCUAGAGACAGAAACGAACCACAAACUGUGGAACUUUCAGCUUCAGAUGGAUUCUAACGUGUCUAAAGUUAUGGAGUCUUGUAAUGUUAGUCAGCAGCAGCUACUGACUACAGUUUCUGACAAACUUUUACAGCUGGAAACGAAGUUAAACAAGGGCUUGGUCGACCUUCACAAUGCGAGCUUUACUGCUGAUAGAAGACUAGAGGCAAACAUCAACGAAUCCGUCGAACAUCUCCAGAAAGUGCAAUUGCAGCUGGAUGCUAACAUUUCUAAAGCUGUACAAUCCUAUAAUGAACUUAAUGAGCGUCUAAUGGAGACAUCAAAGGAACUGCAGUUAAACCAAACUACCUUCUCAUAUCAAGUGGAAAACAUUGUCACUAGACUUGACAAAGAUGGAGGCAUUGAAUUAAAACUAACCAGAGCUUCCGACCAGGUUAAAGAUUUGCAACAGAGGAUGCAAAAAAUUUCCGAGGCAGCUGAUGAACACCAGUCACAACUUAACAAGCAAAUUACAGAACUUGAAGCUGAAGGGAAGACAGGACUUUCUGGUCUGCAACAAAUAACAUCAGAUCUCAGAACUACGUUGACCAGCAAUGUCCAGACAUUGACAAACCUGACAUCGAAAACUGAGCUUCGGGUGUCGGAACUCGAGAAGAAACUGUCAACCAUCGACAAUAGGCUGAAAAGACUUGAGACGAGUACAAAAAUAUCACUGGAAGCCAUUCGUUCAAACAUGUCAGCGAUAUUUAGGGCGACGCCAGGAGUUCAAUGUCUUUUAAAAACGGGCUACGUGUGGUACCUGGAAACCUGCUUCAAGCUUUCGACGAGAGAGGAGAACUACACUACUGCAAAAGCCAAGUGCGAGGCAGACGGCGCUCACCUGUAUGACGUCAAGUCUCCGAUCUUAGACGAGGAGCGAAUUCGCUUCGCUAUCAAACAAGCAGGAUUACCUCUCUACAUCGACAUUUGGUUGGGAGGAAAUGACCUUGAGGUUGAGGGAGACUACCGCUGGAGUGACGGAACUCCUCUGUCGUCUUCCUCUAAAUUAUGGGAUACAGGAAGUACGUGUUCACAGCUCGUACUCAUGGCCGUUAAAGUAAUGACGAACACUAUCGGACAGGGAAAAGCCGAGAUCUGUAUUAACUGGGGAACGGAGUUUCAAGUACUGGGGCUGACGAUUUCUAAGGAUAGCAGCUGAGUAACAGACGUUAGAAAAAGAAUAACAACAAUGACGUCAGCGAUGGAGAGGCAGAACAACAUCUAUUACAUCAAAAGUAUAAGAUGAGGACUAAGUACAUAAUUUAUACAAGUGCCUUGUCGUCCCCAUCAUGCUGUCACGUGCACCUUGCUGACCACUAGAAACUAAAUACUUUAGGAGACUUCUCCGAAUCUGUAGCAGGGAGCAUAAAACAAGGAUUCUGUAGGAAUGUUGUUGCCGUCGUGGUCGGUACCCAGGGACCUUUGCUCUUCAAGAGCCUACAAUGGUCUGCUUUUGUCAUGUCGCAACACGAUAUCCUACCUCAGUCCUCAAGAGAUCUGUACAAGAAGGGUUUCGGCAAAGUAAACAAAGAAGCAAAUCGUGGCUGACUGACAUCAAAUCAUAGACAGACCUCUAGAAGGGGGAGCUAGUAAGAGAUAAUCAAGAUCAGUCCGAUGUACCUUCGUCGUUACUACACCUCACUGUGUCCCCCAACGACUGAUACUGGAACAGACUGCUCCCAGUCCGGCAGGUAUUAGUUCAGGAACUUCACUCCGAUAACCACACAUUCAAACGUCUAGACUCAAGGCUUCAAUAAAUGAUGAGCAUAUUUGUUUAGAAGCAAAUAAAUUAAGUAAUUGUUUACAUGCCACUCACACAUCAGAUCACAAAAGUGUGUACUAAACAAAGUAUCCGUUCUGUACAUUUUUCACAUUCUUUACAUUUUUAUCUUUUUGUACGAGUCAUCGCUUUUAUUCACCAAAACAUCAAAAUUAUUUAAUUACCAACAUUACAAUGAUUUUUAAUAGUCUUCGCGAUUUCUUUAUUAUAUGUGACGGCUUAUUUAUAAUUGACUAGGGUAAGGAUUAUAUCAGGUGAACAUGAACACGAAGAAAAUCAUUGUUUGUGUCUAACGACAUAAACAUAAACAUGAUGCCUGAGGCCUCGCAACACCAAUUCACUUCCAGCCAAAA